CGCGAUGUGUCAGCCUAGCCUAGCCGUUAGCGGUGCUGCUGCCCCGCCAGUCCGAGAGGAACCGGGGAGGAGACAUGCUGAGCCGUCAGACCGCUCUGGAUCCUGGUUUCUCCUGAGUUUAUGGGACAGCACUAAGUUCUGUGUGGGAUCAUGGUGAAUCCAGAACCUGUGUGUGGUUAUUAAGAGCAGAGAUCACCUCAGUGAAGCAGACAGUGAAUAGUGGAGCCGGUGAGACGGUCUGGGAAUGAUGGCAGCUCCCCGGCCGAUCAAAGGGAUCCUGAAGAACAAGACCAGCGGGUCCACCGUGAGACCUGUACCCGAAGAAGUCCCAGGAGAGGCUCCGGAACCAGUCCCCGGACUCCCGGAGGAUGACCAGCAGAAGAAGUCACAGAAAUGGGAUGAGAUGAACAUCCUGGCCACGUACCAUCCAGCUGACAAAGACUACGGCCUGAUGAAGAUCGAUGAACCCAGCACACCUUACAACAGGAUGGUGGGGGACGAUGAAGAUGAGGGGGCGCUGAGUGACUCGGAAGGCCACGGCGGACUAGCAGCUGAUGACCUGGCAUCAAAGCUGGUGGCAGCUGAGGGUGCAGAGCCUCGCUUCCUCAUGAAAGAAGAGGAGGAGGAGGAAGAAGAGAGCAGUGAGGAAGAGGAGGAGGAGAUGACACCUGAAGAACAGGCUAAAAAGAACCACUUUAAGAUGAUGAGGAAGAUGCACUACAACGAGGGCCUGAACAUCAAACUGGCCCGUCAGCUCAUCGCCAGCGAACUAGAGGAGGACGAAGAUGAGGACGAAGAGAUGAGGGAUGACACAGAGGAGACAGAGGAGAUCAACGUGGACCCGCCACAGGAAGCGGACUCUCUGGACUCGUAGACGAGGACUCUGUCCAAGCCUUCGGUCCUGCGUGUCGGCUCAUCAUCCAGACAGACGCUGCCACUCACUGCCUUCUGUCUGUAACGCUGGGCCGCACAGCAGACACGCCGCUUCACCGACCACAUAACAACCGUCAACAGCCAAUAACCUCCCAGUCACAUGUCUGUCUCUACCUUUCCUUUAAAGUGUGUGAUAUCACCUUCAGACACACGAGGGGAGACUGUUCCCGCCCCUUCCUCCUCUUCCUCCUCCUCCUCCUCCUCC